GAGCGAUAAAUGUUGCCCGAGUAUAACUAUGUAUGUACGUACUUCAUUAAUUCGAUCGUGUCUAUUCGAAUCAGUCUGUGCAAAUUGAACGUGAUCUUACGCGGAUAUUCUCUAGAUCUGCUCAAAUCAAAUGGUUUUCCUGUGCAGCACCUCACAUUGUUAAAGAAGCCAAAGCCAAGACGUGCAAUCUCGGUAAAUAGUCGUACUUUCGGUACUUUAGCUUUUAAAACUUUUAAAAGGAUAAUGAUCAUAACCUAAAGAUAUCUACAUUUUGUUCUUCAUCCCAUCUAAUACUGACACCAAGACACCAAAAAUUACCAUCCGAAAUGCGGAUCACUCGCACGUUACCGCAGGUUAUUUUGUCUCACCUUAUCGUCGUCUCCUUCAUCAUCCACAUCUCCUCAGAAUUGGAACCUAGUACAACAUAUUCACCUCCUAUCCCCCGUACUACGAAAAGUUUUUCAUAUGCCCGCUUAACGCAACAUUACUUUGUGGACAAAAGUUUAUUUAUCAAGGAAUUUUGGCUUACUACGCACGCCACAGUGGUGAUCACAAGAGCACGAAGAUGGGGAAAAUCACUCAACAUGGAUAUGCUGGCUACUUUUUUAAGAAUCGAAACGGAUGCAGAAGGAAAAAUUGUACCACCUGAAAACAGACUUAACCCGCUUUUGUUUGUGGGUGGAAACUACUCUAUUAAUCCGGGUCAAUGGCGGUAUUUACAACCAUUAAAAAUCAGCGAAGAUGAAGUCUUUGUAAAAACGACCAUGGGAAACUGGCCAGUCAUUCAACUUAGCAUGACUGUUCGAGGGAGAACGUACUCCGAAUUGAUAGAAAUGUUUCACACUAAGAUUUGGGAGCUGUUUGAGAAUCAUCAGUACCAAAUUUAUGCGUACGUGAAUGUUGAAAACGGCAAGUUCUAUACUGAACGUAGAGCUAUGGUAGAACAUUAUAUGACCAAACACACCGAUAUUUCAGAAUAUCACUUGACAACUAGCUUAGGCACCUUAAGCGAAAUUCUACACGAGCAUUUUGGAAAACCAGUGAUAAUUUUGUUAGACGAAUUUGACACACCGCUGGCACAUGCUUUCAAAAUCCUUGGUGGUUAUACCGAGGAGUAUAAAAAGUUUGAAGACUUAUACGAUGAAUUCCUUUUGCACAGUCUUAAGGAUAAUCCAUUCUGCGCAAAGGCAUUGCUCACUGGAGUAUACGACAUCGAAAUUCCAUCGCUCAUCCCUGAUGCAUCGCUUUACUCUGUUUUCAACACGAGGUUCAGCGAGUAUUAUGGUUUUACGGAAUCGGAGGCAAAACUUUACCAUGAAAAUAUUCCUAAUACUUUGGAUUUCAACGACAUCAAAUUAUGGUACAAUGGUUACACUUAUGGCGAUCACCUGAUGUACAACCCUUAUACGAUUAUGAGAUGUUUGGAGGAGAAUAGAAUCGAUAAUUACUGGCUGUCGACGGGCUAUGAUAAAUUGAGUGAUGGGUUUGUUCUCGAAGAAGACCAGUAUUUCGAAAUACUUCAAAUUUUUCCCAACUCGACUACGGAAAUAUUCCAACAUAGAUUGAAAGUAAGAAUUGAUUUCCACGACGCUCGGAAUACCGAAACAAUUUAUACUUUACUCGUAUUUCUCGGAUAUUUAAAUGCCAAACCAAAUCUAAAUUGGCCAUCCGACCCUUCCGUCGAACUCACUAUUCCCAACACCGAAGUGAGAUGCAUUAUGAAAUCCGAGUUAAUAAAUUGGCUGUAUGGUAAACUGGACCGUAAAAUUGAUUACUCCGCACACGGGCCAGAUUUCCAUGAUAUUUUAGCGUUAAAAAUGAAUAAAUUCGAAUCAGAUCUUGUAAAUUUUACCGAGCUCAGCACCUCAUAUUUUUCUCGAAAAACUGCCGAACACGGAUCGGAACUUUAUUACCAUUGGUACCUCAUCGCUCUUAUCAGCUUUCAACCAGAAACCCAUUACAUCGAAGAUAAGCCAACGGUUGAGGAAGGAAGAACCAACAUAGGUCUAAUUUGUAUCCCAAAAGCUGCAGUUCACCGCACAGGCGUGAUAUGGGAAUUAAAGAAAGCUACAAAGUCGGAAUUACUUUCGGAAUCCGCUGCCGAAGCCCUUAAACAAAUAUACGAUAAACGAUAUGAUGUAAAGCUCAAAAGUAUGGAUCACGUUGACACCAUCGUUAAAAUUGGUAUUUCAUUUCAUUCGAAACAAAUAGGAUUCACUUACACGAUAGAAAAAAGAAAUGAAAUUAACCGUGAAUUCGUAGUUUGGCAGAGUAAGGAGGGGUAACGGAAUUAAAGUUAGUUGAAAUCAACGUAUGUAAUGUAUAGGUAUACUUAUAUUCCUUAAAUAAAAAACUUUCUGAGGGGUACUCGAUAUUUUUGUGCA